UGAGCGCCUGUGCUGAGAGAGUAGGACGUUUGCCUGUGUGUACACUUGUGGAGAGAGCAGUAGCGAUAAAAGCAGCGGCGCCAUGGGACCAUUGUGGAAGCUGUGGCAGGAAGAGUGUAAAAGGCAGAGGUGUGCUCUCUUCCCUCAGAUCUAAUCCCCUGCAGCUCAUACCUAGUUUUGCAACAGAUCACCAGCUGAAGCCACCCUUUUCCCUGCCCACAUCUCUUCAAUGGAUAUAAUGGGUGCAGUGACCUAUGAUGAUGUGCAUGUUAACUUCACUGGGGAAGAAUGGGCUUUGCUGGAUCCUUUACAGAAGAAUCUCUACAAAGAUGUGAUGCUGGAAACAUACAGGAACCUCACUGCUAUAGGCUACAGUUGGGAAGACCAUAUUAUUGAAGAACAUUGUCAAAGUUCUAGAAGACAUAAAAGGUAA